GACUAGCACGGCCUAGGGGGCGGAGCGCUUAUCCCUGCCGCCGCGGGCCGGGUCUGUGAGGAAGGCCUAGGCCAGCGGCUUCGCGGCUUGACGAACGUCCGCGCUGCUUCUCUCGCUUCCCGUCCGCAGUGGCCGGGCGAGGGGAGGCCUUCCGGAGCCAUGGAGGACGAGGUGGUUCGCAUUGCCAAGAAGAUGGACAAAAUGGUGCAGAAAAAGAAUGCGGCUGGCGCAUUGGAUUUGCUGAAAGAGCUUAAGAAUAUUCCGAUGACCCUAGAAUUGCUACAGUCCACGAGAAUUGGAAUGUCUGUCAAUGCUCUUCGCAAGCAGAGUACAGAUGAAGAAGUCACAUCUCUAGCCAAAUCUCUCAUCAAAUCCUGGAAAAAAUUAUUAGAUGGACCAUCAACUGAUAAAGAUCCUGAAGAAAAGAAAAAAGAACCUGCAAUUUCAUCACAGAAUAGCCCUGAAGCAAGAGAAGAAAGUAGUUCCAGCAGCAAUGUAAGCAGCAGAAAGGAUGAGACAAAUGCUCGAGAUACUUAUGUUUCAUCUUUUCCUCGGGCACCAAGCACUUCUGAUUCUGUGCGAUUAAAAUGUAGGGAGAUGCUUGCUGCAGCUCUUCGGACAGGAGAUGAUUAUGUUGCUAUUGGAGCUGAUGAAGAAGAACUGGGAUCUCAGAUUGAGGAAGCUAUAUAUCAAGAAAUAAGGAAUACAGACAUGAAGUACAAAAACAGAGUACGAAGUAGGAUAUCAAAUCUUAAAGAUGCAAAGAAUCCAAAUUUAAGGAAAAACGUGCUGUGUGGGAAUAUUCCUCCUGACCUAUUUGCUAGAAUGACAGCAGAGGAAAUGGCUAGUGAUGAGCUCAAAGAGAUGAGGAAAAACCUGACCAAAGAAGCCAUCAGGGAGCAUCAGAUGGCCAAGACUGGUGGGACCCAGACUGACUUGUUCACUUGUGGCAAAUGUAAAAAGAAGAACUGCACUUACACACAGGUGCAAACUCGUAGUGCUGAUGAACCAAUGACAACAUUUGUUGUAUGUAAUGAAUGUGGAAAUCGGUGGAAGUUCUGUUGAGUUUGGAAGAAUUGGCAAAGUAUCUGGACCAUUAAGAAAAACUAAUUUUGUAAUUAGCUUUAAAAUUAAGCCAGGCAACUCGUU